AUGGCUUUCAUAUUUGGUUUUAUUUCAAUCUUUUUCUUACCUUCAACAACCUUAAAAUCCAAAUUUCUCAACACCGAACAAAAAGAAAAUCUUUCAAGUAGGCUAAAACAGGAAGGUAGAAACUUAGAAAACACUAGAUCAAUCCCAACUCAUCAUGUUUUGGCAGCCUUAUUCAAGAGUCCUCACGUCUUUCUCAUCAGUUUAUGUGCAUUUCUUAGUGGUGCUACUACUCAAAGUCUUGUGUACUUUGAGCCGCAAGAUCGAUACUCAUCUCGUGGAAUGUCAGUAAUCUUAUCAGCCACGAUGUUAAUGUGUGGAUUUAUGAUGUGUAUGGUCUUUGAAGAAAAGUAUCAACAAUACGGUAUGCUUUACAUUGAGAUCCCUGGAGUAUUUGCAUUAGUGCCUGCAUUAGGAGCUUGGUUAGCAAAUAAUAGUGAGCCAUAUGCUCGAUGUGCUUCUUCAAUCGCUAUGGGAUUUAUGUUUGCAAAUGGGGGUUCGAUCUUGACUAUCUGGCUGGUCUACCUUUACAAAAGUCCUGCAUACCACGUCAUGACACCUAUCUAUAUCGGAAUAUCAAAGACUCGUUAUCGUGAUGAUAUCCUAUCUACCUAUCAAGCUUCAAAGUAUUCAGUAGAUGCCGGAAAAGGUCCAUCUCAAAUCUUGUUUUUGAUCGGUUGGGAAAGACUUGGAGACCAACAUCCAGAUUUCACUUACUCUUAUUGA